AUGAAACGCAUCACUAAGAAGUAUCUUGCGUACGCGCAGGCUAUCGCAUUUGCGUCUGUGCUCACCGCCGUCCUCCUGCUGAAUCUCUGGCCGUCUGGAGGCGAUAAACAAUAUGACUGGGCUCGGAUCCGUUACAGGUCAAAGGCCAGCAGCUUACCUGAGGCUCGUGGUAUUUGUCCGGGCCUCGAAGACGGCAGCAAGCCUGCCUUAGUGGUGGCUCGAGUUGAGUCAGAGGACACCAAGUGGCUGGACCAACUGGCAUCGUACUAUCACCUCUGUGUAUAUACGGCCGACGCCCCAUUGGAUCGGACCUCCAGAAGUCUUCAGAUCCCCGCCAAUCGUGGUCAUGAGGCCAUGGCCUACUUGACAUUCAUGAUCGACAACUAUGAAAACAUCCCCGAAGCUGGCGCAGUAUUUGUCCACGGGUCCAGAUUUGCAUGGCAUAAUGAUUCGCCGGACUACGAUAACGAGGCCUUGCUGAAGGCCUUGAAUCUGAGCUCGGCUCUUCAGCAUGAUGGCUAUACGAACCUACGUUGUGACUGGAGCGCUGGUACCUGCAGUCCGUUGCAAGCACAACCUCAAGGCAGUCUCGAGACCCUUCUUUCGUCGAAAUUGCAGCCGUGGAGCAGACGCGCCGUAUCCGAUGCAGCACUUCCCAAAGCCCUUCAACUGCUUUUCGAUGGCAGCACAGAGGGCGACAAGUCUCAGGCGCUUCUCCGGCGGAGCGAUGCUGUUCGUGCUCAAUGUUGUGCACAAUUCGCAGUCUCACGCGAGGCCAUUUGGCGACAUUCCCGCGACGAGUACAGCGCUCUCCGACAGUGGCUUCUUGAUGAUGGCGUGGCUCCUUCUGAUGACCGUAUAGCAGGGCGUAUCUUGUCCUACGUCUGGCAUAUGUUAUUCUUGGCUUCUCCGGACAGCCACACAAGUCUCCAGGCUCUCAAUGCUCAGGCUUGCCCUUCAGCUCAGGCCUGCUACUGCCGUCUGUACGGGAAAUGUGACUUGCAGAAUUGCGAUUCGCCGAGGCGAUGCAGAGGCCAGUAUGUCCUUCCACGGGACUAUAGGCUGCCGGCCGAUUGGGAAGAGCUUCACAGUGGGCUCCGUUAG